AUGGCCCAAACACACGGCUCAUACGACCCCAAAUUUCAGGGCGUUCGUGAUAAGUUCCGUGACCUCUUGGAAUCCGGCGUCGAGCUCGGCGCAUCUCUCACCGUCACCCUAGACGGCGAAGAUGUCGUCAACCUGUGGGGAGGUUACGCCGAUCCCGCUCGCAGUCGCCCCUGGAACGAGGACACCAUUGUCAACGUAUUUUCGACAACAAAGACCAUUUGCGCGCUUGCCGUCCUCCUCCUCAUCAACGAGGGCGAACUAUCACCCUAUGACAAAGUCUCAAAGUACUGGCCCGAAUUCGCAGCCAACGGAAAGGAGAACGUCGAGGUCCGCCACCUGCUGUCCCACAGCUCGGGCGUGGCGGCGUUCGAGGACCCUAUUACCCUCCAAGAGAUGUGCGACUCGUACGAGCUGGUGAUUGCGAGACUCGAGAAGCAGCCGGCCCGGUGGGAGCCCGGUACCGCUUCGGGGUACCACGCCUGGACCUACGGCUACUUGCUCGGAGAGCUGGUGCGCCGCAAGACGGGACUGUCUCUGACGGAUUUCGUCGCGCAGAGGAUCGCGGGACCCCUGGGCGCCGAUUUACAAAUCGGCGCAAAGGAACAAGACUGGCCUCGCGUCGCAGAGCUGGUUCCUCCCCCGGCUCCUCCCGCCCACAUCAUGCCUGAGCCGGAGACUAGCCCCGACUCCUUGAAGCACAAAAUGCUCUAUCCGUUCCCGGAUCCCAGCUUUGCCAACACGGUGCCGUGGAAAAAGGCGGAGAUCGCCGCGGCCAACGGCCACAGCAAUAGCAAGGCGCUCGCCACGAUCUGGUCAAGGGCGCUUACGACGAGCGACGAGAGCAAGAGGCUCUUGUCCCAGGAGACGAUUGAUCUCAUCUACAAGGAACAGACGUACGGGCCCGAUCUGUGCAUGGGAUUCCCCAUUCGCUACGGGAUCGGCAUGGGUCUCCGGGGCAACGGCGACACACCCGUUGACUCUUGGCUUCCGGAGGGGAGGAUAUGCUUUUGGGGUGGCUGGGGUGGCUCGAUGCUCCUCAACGACCUCGAUCGUCGGGUCACCAUUGCCUAUGCGAUGAAUAAAAUGUCACCUGGUGCGGCGGGCAAUGAGGCUAUCUACGCCUAUGUUGCAGAGAUCUACAAGGCGCUUGAAGUUCCCAUACCGACUGCCAAUGGCAACAUCUAG